CGUCAGAAUCACUGUCACUAGGUAGACUUUGGCAUCUCUGACCUCGUGGAACUUGGUAUUCAUCCAUCUCAUCUUUACACUAUCUCUUAACACGUCUCAAAAUGCCUCACGCAGAUUCCAGCCUUGUUCCAGAAGAAAUCACGACGAAGAAGGAGUUCUACGCUCACAUCCACGAGCAGCUCCGUGCACUUCUCGACGGACACCGGUAUUGGGUGUCCAAUCUGGCGCAGGUCUCCGCCCUCCUCUACCACUCGUACCUCGGCACCUCCCUCUACGGCUUGCAGGAGGGCACGACGCCCGUCGUCAACUGGUGCGGCUUCUACAUCCGCCCGGCAGGCGAGGCGAACCUCGUCCUCGGGCCAUACGCCGGCCGGCCUGCAUGCGUGACCAUCACGCCUAAGGCGGGGCGAGGGGUCUGCGCCGACGCCUUCGUGGGGGAGAAAGGCGUGGUUGUGCAGGAUGUCGAGGCGUACCCUGGUCAUAUUGCGUGCGACGGCGAGACGAAGUCGGAAAUUGUUUUGCCUCUGCGCUUGAAUGGCACCGACGCCGUGGUCGGUGUGUUGGACCUCGACUCGACUACCCUGGGCACAUUCGACGACGACGACCUCGCGGGGUUGGAGGAGGUGGUCCGCAUCCUUCAGGAGACGAGUGACUGGGUUUAGGGAGUGUAGGGAGUGGGAGUGACAUAUAUUCAUUUGCAUUGCAUACGCCGAAACUAUGGGGCGGAUUGAGGCUGAUGGUGAGCCGAGUGACACCGAUAUGUGGCUGUCGUGAGGAUAGUCUCUCAGUCUUCUGCAGGAGACUGUCACGUGCCUGAUAUCCAUCGUAUGUGACACAUGCAUCGUUAGCGUAAGUGGGAA